AUGGAAAAUAUUAGUCAUUUAUCGAGAAGUUUUUUUGUGGAUUCCUUAUUAGGAAAUAGUGCAUCUUCAAAGCCAUCGAAGUGCCUUCCACCGAUGCCACCUAGUGCCAACGACGUUACGCCAAUGCUGCCAUAUUCCCAAAACUACAUUAGUAGCUAUUUGUUUUCAUUAAGCCUUGCUCAGCAACAUCAACAACAGCAACGUUUGAUGCAAAUGCAACAUUUUCAUCAGCAACAGCACAAACCUCCAAUACGCCCGGUUGCUUCAAUACCUAGAGUUAUCCCUUCGAUGGUGCAUCAUCCAUUAUCACCGCAAGCAUUAACCCCGAAGCAUUCCGGGAGUGGACAUUCAUCUCCAAUUAUGAAACUAUCGCCACCAAGCAGUAGAGAUUCAACUCCAAGUCCCCAAGCAGGAGAUGGAAAGUCACCGGUGCACGACUCAUCUUCAAAAGAUUCAAGCAAAAGAAUCAGAACUGCGUUUACUUCAACUCAGCUUUUGGAAUUGGAACGAGAGUUUUCUGCAAAUAUGUACUUGUCAAGACUAAGGCGUAUUGAAAUAGCCACUUGUCUCCAGCUGUCGGAAAAACAAGUCAAAAUUUGGUUCCAAAACAGGAGAGUCAAAUACAAGAAAGAGGAUUUGCCCAUGUCUAUGGGUGGAAUGCCCGGUACCAAGUGUCACUGUUUGAGGAGUUGCUCGAGCCAUAGCAAAAAGAGUUCUACUUCUUCAAGUUGCGAGGAUCCUGAUAUUGAUGUAACUAAUUUAGAUGAUAAUGUUAUGAUGAUGUAA